GAACAUCUCGAAGAGGCGAAGAUGGUGAAAGUCGGAGUCAACGGAUUUGGCCGCAUCGGCCGCCUGGUCACCCGGGCUGCCAUCCUCUCUGGCAAAGUCCAGGUGGUGGCCAUCAACGAUCCCUUCAUUGAUCUGAACUACAUGGCUGAGAAUGGGAAACUUGUGAUUAAUGGGAAUGCUAUCACCAUCUUCCAGGAGCGUGACCCCAGCAACAUCAAGUGGGGAGAUGCUGGUGCUGAAUAUGUUGUGGAGUCCACUGGUGUCUUCACCACCAUGGAGAAGGCUGGGGCUCACCUGAAGGGUGGCGCUAAGCGUGUUAUCAUCUCUGCCCCCUCAGCUGAUGCUCCCAUGUUCGUGAUGGGUGUCAACCAUGACAAGUAUGACAAGUCUCUGAAAAUUGUCAGCAAUGCCUCUUGCACUACUAACUGCCUGGCGCCCUUGGCCAAGGUCAUCCAUGACAACUUUGGCAUCGUGGAGGGUCUUAUGACCACUGUCCAUGCCAUCACAGCCACACAGAAGACAGUGGAUGGGCCCUCUGGGAAGCUGUGGAGGGAUGGCAGAGGUGCUGCCCAGAACAUUAUCCCAGCAUCUACUGGGGCUGCUAAGGCUGUGGGAAAAGUCAUCCCUGAGCUCAACGGGAAACUUACUGGAAUGGCUUUCCGUGUGCCAACCCCCAAUGUCUCUGUUGUGGACCUGACCUGCCGUCUGGAAAAACCAGCCAAGUAUGAUGACAUUAAGAGGGUAGUGAAGGCUGCUGCUGAUGGGCCCCUGAAGGGCAUCCUGGCAUACACAGAGGACCAGGUUGUCUCCUGUGACUUCAAUGGUGACAGCCAUUCCUCCACCUUUGAUGCGGGUGCUGGCAUUGCGCUGAACGACCAUUUUGUCAAGCUGGUUUCCUGGUAUGACAACGAGUAUGGAUACAGCAACCGCGUUGUGGACUUGAUGGUCCACAUGGCAUCCAAGGAGUGAGCCGAGCACACAGCCCCCCUGCUGCCUAGGGAAGCAGGACUCUCCUUCGUUGGAGCCCCUGCCCUUAUUCACCACAGCUUAGCUCUGCAUCCUGCAGUGAGAGGCCAGUUCUGUUCCCUUGUCUCCCCCACUCCUCCAACUUCUCCCCGAGCCUGGGGGAGGUGGAGAGGCUGAUAGAAACUGAUCUGUUUGUGUACCACCUUACAUCAAUAAAAGUGAUCACCAUCUGAAA